UGAUUUUCUGUAACUUGAAGCUGGUAAGCAGCAAGCCCGAGAAUUAGGGACGGUGGAGGGGACAAUUCUAAAUUUUAGUUUCAGGGAAAGAGGCUGAGCAAGUGGAAGGAGGAUCCCUCCCCCUGCCCUCAAUCUCAGACCCCCGCUCCUGCUUGCCCAGCCCCAGGCUGAGUCCCGGACAACAUCCCGGGAAUUCCGACCGCCACAGGCCACUCAGUUGGCCCGGGUGAUCCGAACAACCUCGAUAGGGGCGGGAUUUGCUGGAGGCGGAAGACCGCCCAACCCGGUGCUUCAGCGGACAGGGAGGGUGGGCCGUGUUCGCCGUUGUCGGCUGUCAGCGGCGUUGCCCAGGCUCUCUCUCUCUCUCUCCCCCUCCACAUUUGGGCACGGACGCCGCGCCGGUUGCCGAGGAUGCUCCGUCUGUUCAGCGUGCUGAUCGCAGCCGGCCUCUUCCUGGCCUGCCUCACCGGCUACGUGCUGGAAAACUACACGGUGCAGCAGCGGACGUACGGUGGGGCCGGCGAACACCUGCGGGGAGCGCAGCCUCCCUACCCGGCCGGGGGCAUGGACAACAUCUUCUGGUUCCUGCAGGUGUCUGACAUCCAUAUCAGUAGGUUUGUAGAUCCCCAAAGAGCCCCUGACUUCCAGAAAUUUUGCACAGAGACCAUUGAUGUAAUUAAGCCAGAAAUCGUUCUUGUCACAGGGGAUCUGACAGAUGCCAAAGAAAGGAACAGGAUUGGAUCUCGUCAAUAUGAGAUUGAGUGGCAAACCUAUCAGACCAUCCUGAAGAAAUCCAAAGUAUUGGAAAAGACCAAGUGGAUUGAUAUCAAAGGAAAUCAUGAUACUUUCAAUAUUCCAUCACUUGAGAGUGUCAAUAACUACUACAGGAAAUACUCAGCCUCUCAAAGGGAAGGUUCUUUCCAUUACGUACAUCAGACUCAUUUUGGAAAUUAUUCUUUCAUCUGUGUUGAUGCCACCCCAAGUCCUGGCCCCAAAAGGCCAUUCAAUUUCUUUGGGUUCUUGAAUCAGAACAAGAUGGCUGAAUUAUCAAAGCUAGCAUCUGAAACAGUCUACAGUAAUCAAACCAUUUGGUUUAGCCAUUAUACCACCUCCACAAUUAUCUCUGCCUCUCCUGGAAUACAGCAUAUCAUGAGUUCUGCCAUUGCUCACCUCUGUGGACAUCUCCAUACACUGGGUGGCUUUAUGCCUGUUCUACACAGCAGGCAUGAACGCGGGACAUUGGAACUGGAGCUGGCUGACUGGAUGGACAACCGGAGGUAUCGUGUGUUGGUGUUUGACCAUGAUCUGUUUAGCUUUGUGGAUCUGAAGUUUGACAAGUGGCCAGUAGUUGUCAUCACAAAUCCAAAAUCUGCUCUAUAUAGUAGCCCUGCACAUGAACCGCUGGGAAAAAUCAAACACUCUACACACAUCAGGGUCCUAGCUUUCUCCCCAGCUCAAGUCACCUCAGUCCUCAUCAAAAUUGAUGGUGUCACGAUGGGCAGUGCGGUCCACAUCAAAGGUCCACUCCAUACGCUUCCCUGGAGGGCCAAGGAUUACAGUACAGGAAUGCAUUACAUUGAAGUCCGAGCACAGGACAAAGCUGGAAGAACCACAAUUAUCGGCCAUAAGUUUACAAUGGAAGAGGUCAGGCUGCUCCCUUUCGACAUUAUGGCUUCAUUCAUCCUCCGGUCUUCUCACUACAUGACACUCAGAGUUAUCUUCAUUUUGGUCCUUCUGGCUAAUAUCCUUGUAAUCAUUGCCUUCCGAUACCUGACGAGGCCACAGCUUAAAGAGAGCCCUGGUUUCUUCGCUCUGGUGAACUUUUCAUUUCAUGUGUUCUCUAAGACCAACAUACUCUAUUAUCCAGUCUUGCUGUUCACAUGCUACAUAGCAGUGGGGCCCUGGUUCAUCGGUGAGAUAGUAGAUGGCCACUUUGGAGCUUGCUUUGUCUUUGGUGUCGUCGUUGAUGGUCACUUCUUGGAGGGAAGCCUGACUUUUCUCAUUGGAAUCCUUCAGCUGACAUUUUUUAACAUUCCGCUGAUCUGCUACCUGUGCUGGUGCCUGCUCCUUCGCUGCCGAGGGGCCUACUUUCGGUCCCACAUCAAAUACACCGGGUGGAGUUGCUCUGUCCCCAUGCACAUCAGCAUGCUAGGACUUCUUGGGUGGCAAGUCUACGCCUGCUACUUACUGCAGAAAACCUAUGGAACAGCUGCCUUCUUCCUCUCUCCAGUGAGGACAUGGUCAGUGAUUUUGGCUCUGGUCCUUGUAUACAAGGCCUGGAAUCUCAACAACUCUGCCAUCAGAACAUUUAAAGCUGACAUGAAGAACUGCCCUUACUCUUGAUGGCUUUAGGAGGACAGCGAGAGUUUAAUACUCACCCAUCAAACUCCAUGACACCCAGUCAUGGUUUUUGAACACAUCAUGAACACUGAAUUCACACGAGUGACUGAAAAUUAAUGAAAAAUUUACCGUUCCCUUUUAAAAAAAAUUCCGACACACUUCAAUUAAGGAAUCAAACUGCAAACCGAUAUAAUAAAAUGGAAAUGCUACAUGAGAGACUGCUGAAAACAGCUGAUAUUUUUGGUCACAGUGCCCCUGCUAGGUGAAAGACAAAGUGUUUGCUUCCUUUCCACAGACAUUCCUUCACUACAGAGCUGGGACUGAAUCCAAUAAAGCGGCUGCUCCCAGCCUUGAUCCCUACAUCGGUUUUCCAGAACAAUCAGUGACAUGAAGUGCAUGUGGUUGUUUGAAGAGUGAAGAGUGUUGAACAAAAUGUUAAGCAUUUUUCAAACAAUAAUUGUUAUGCAUUACACUGUAAUUCUGAAUAAUUUAAGAAAUGCAGUUUCAUGAUAGAGAAGCAGAAUAUUUUGGAUGCUGGAAAUCUGAAAUAACAUGAAAUAGAAUUGCACAGUAGACCAGACAGCAUCAACUUGAAAUAGUAAUCCUAUUUCUCUCUGACCGAGCAAAUGUUACACUGCUAGAGGUGCCCUUUUUAGGGUGAGACUGUGUCAGCCCUCUCAGGUAGACAAAGAUCCCAUUCCAAUAGGUAAGGGAAUCUUACAAAGUGUCCUGGUCAACAUUUAUCCCCUGUACUUAAAAAUAAUUAUCUGAUAUUUAUGAAAUUAGUGACCAGGAGAUCGUGCUAUUCAUAAAUCAGCUGCCUUAUUUCCUACAUCAGUUUCUUGAAAACUACUUAAGUAACUGAGGUCCAGAAUAACACUGUACAAAUCUCCACAGAUGCUACUUUACCUGCUGUGUUUGCAGCCUAAUGUAUUUUGAAUGUGAAUUUAUUGAGUUGUUAUCAAGGCUUUACCUCAACUGUGAUUGUCACAUAAACUGCAUAUUUUCACAAUGUUAAGCCUCUGCCACAGUUUUUUGCCCCAUACCAUCUGUAUUGAGUGCUACCUGCUCACUCUCAUGCACCUCCUUCUGUUCCAGACACCUGCUCUGGAGAGGGACAGCCAGCAGCAGAUGGGGAUAAGGGUUGCUGGUAGGGGCACACCCAGAUCAGGAGGUCUGCAACUGACAGUAAAAUGCGAUUGCCUGCUGAGGUUUCAUGGAAGUCAAACUGUAGAUGCUGGAAAUAUAAAAUAAAAAAGAAAAUACUGGAAACACUCAGCAGGCCAGGCUGCAUCUGUGGGAAGAGGGAGUUAAUGUUUCAAGUUGAAGACCCUUUUCCAGAUCUGGGAAGGAAAGACGCUUGUUUAGCUGCAGGGAAGGUGGAGGAUGGGGAUGUUUCUGAUGGGGGUAAAAUCAGGGGGACCAUGGGGAUAAGCUGUAAACAAAGUCACCUGGUCAGAGUGUGAAUGGGAGCAGUUAGAGAGGAGAAUGUUGUAGUUGUGAAAUGCAGAGCAGGAAGACACCAGGAAGGCUGGGCACCGGGAAAAGAGAGGAGGAAAAAAUCCACAGCUGAGCCAACAUCACAGAUACAGACUGAUACAGACCGAGAGAUCAGGUUACCUAGAAGUUGUAGAAUUCAAUAUUGAGUCCAGAGGGCUGCAGUGUGUCCAGAGGGAAGAUGAGGUAACCUCAUUAUAACAGUGCAGGAGGCCACGGCCGAUGGGUCAGAGUAGGAGUGGGAUGGAGAAUUAAGGUGGUACAGGGCUACCCCCGUGGACUGAAUGCAGCUGCUCCAUAGUGUGGUCACCCAAUCUGCAUUUGGUUUCUCCAAUGUAGAGGAGACCACAAUGUGAACAAUGAAUGCAGCACACUAGGUUGGAAGAGGUGCAAGUGAAUCACUGCUUCACCUGGAAAGAUUGUUUGUCUCCCUGGAUGGUGGGAAGGGAAGAGGUGAAAAGACAAGUGUUGCAAUGCCUGCAGUUGCAAGAGAAAGUGCUGUAAGAAGUGUGGUGGUUGGUGUGAACGGAAAAGUGGACCAGGGAGUUGUGAAGGGAACAGUCCCUGCAAAAUGAAAGGGGAGGAGAGGAGAAGGUGCGUCUGGUGGUGGAAUCUCUUUGAAGGUGGUGGAAAUUGCAGAGAAUAAUCUGUUGAGGACCGGGAAACUAUCCUUGUUCUGUAUUGGAGGAAGGCGGGUGAGAAGAGAAGUUGAGAUAGCUGUGGGAGUCAGAAAGCUCGUGAUUAAUCUUAGUAGCUAGCCUAUCUUCUGAGAUGUCAAUAGAUGCAGAAAAGGAAAGGAAGAGUCAGAUAUUGACCAUGUGCAGGGUGGAAAUUGGCAGCAAAAGUAAUAAAAUUAUUGAGUUCUGCAUUUGUACAUGAAGCAGAACCAGUGUAGUACUGAUGGAGUGGGCCCUGGUUAGGAUAGAAACAAAGACUGUUCCACAUAUACACUGGUCACAACCCAAGAUGGUUGCAGAGAAAAAGUCAAGAGCGUGCAUGUACUGACGCAUGGCAUUGAGUGUUGGAUGUGAAGAGAACAGUGCCUCAAGAAAUGUUGAAUAGUUUGAAUAUUUCUGUGAUUCUGGGUGGGUCUGAAUUGUGAUGGAUGGAAUUUCAGAUUCUCAAUCAGUCUUUGAUUUCUGUCUGUAUCAGUCAUCCAUCUGUGAAAUUGGCUCAGUUUGUUUUUCUUUUUUUUAAAAAAAAAUUCUCUGGGAGUUGAGGACAUGCUCAGGCUAAUCUGCCAGGCAAGUCUUGCUGCUCUGCAUUUCACAACUAAUUCUUCUGUCCAUGUUCUCACUAUCUAAUUGUUCCCAUUCACUCAUUGAACAGAUAUCCUUGUUUACAGUUUAUCCCAUGGUCAACCCUGUUUUACCCAAUCAGAAACAUCCCCCUCUCCACCUUCCCUGCGACCACCUUUUCUCUCCUUCCCAAUUCUGACGAUGGGUCUUCCACCUAAAACAUUAUCGCUGUUUCUCUUCCUACAAAUGUGGCCUGACCUGCUGAGCACUCCCAGCAUUUUCUGUUUCUAUCUGAGGUUUCAUGGAGCUCGCCUGUCCCACUGGUGGGAUCUGCUUCCAGAGCUGGAUCGUGUGUUGGAUCAGCACUUCCCGGUUGCCCAACUCUCUGAGCUGGACCCAGCUGAGGGAGAGCAGCUGGUUCUCAACAGGAGCUACAAAACCACUUGAAAAGAAUAAACUAUUCUUAACAUUUUUAGACUUUAAUCUGCUUUUCCUCCAAAAAUUGAAUGUACCCAACUUUUACAAAGUAUUUGUUAAUAAAAAGUAAAUAUCACUUGCUUGCAAUCUUGUUGCUUUGUCUGCCUUGGCCACAGUAUGUUUGAAGUUCAUCCUGCAAUUUAGGUAGGACCUUAGAAAUUCUUAUAAGGGUGAACAAAAAAGCCUUUAAACUGUUUGCAAAUUACCAUUUAGCCAAGCAACAAAUCAAAGCUCCUACAAUCCAGGAACACAACUAUAGAGUUCUGAAGUGUUUUGAACACUGAAUCAUUGGGACUUCUUUCAUAGAAAGAUUUA